GAGGACUUUUACCGCGAAGCCAUUGAGCACUGUCGCAGCUAUAAUGCGAGGCUGUGUGCGGAACGCAGCAUGCGCCUGCCCUUCCUGGACUCGCAGACGGGGGUGGCCCAGAACAACUGCUACAUCUGGAUGGAGAAGACGCACCGGGGCCCAGGGCUGGCUCCGGGCCAGAUCUACACCUACCCGGCACGCUGUUGGCGCAAGAAGCGGCGGCUGAACAUCCUGGAGGAUCCACGGCUGCGUCCCUGUGAGUUCAAGAUUGAUUGUGAGCCUCCCCUGAAGAAGGAGGGGGGGCUGCCUGAGGGGCCGGUGCUGGAGGCCUUGCUGUGUGCGGAAGCCGGAGACAAGAAGCCGGAGCUGAAGGAGGAGGAGCUGGUCUUGGACUGUCCGAAGGCACCGAUUGGGGAGUUUUUGCAUGACUUGGACGCAGAUGACCUGGAGGAGGACGUCCCACGCCGGAAGAACAAGGCCAAAAGCAAGGCAUAUGGAAUUGGAGGGCUGCGGAAGAGGCAGGAUGCAGCCUUGCUGGAGGAUCGCGACAAGCCCUAUGUCUGUGACAUUUGUGGGAAGCGCUACAAGAACCGCCCAGGACUGAGCUAUCACUACACGCACACGCACCUGGCAGAGGAGGAAGGGGAGGAGGGCCCCGAGCGCCACACCCUGCCCUUCCAUCGCAAGAACAACCACAAACAAUUUUACAAAGAGCUGAACUGGGUCCCAGAGAACCAGCGCAGGCACACAGCUAAGAAAGCUCCGGACGGCACAGUCAUACCAAACGGUUAUUGUGAUUUCUGUCUAGGCGGCUCCAAGAAGACCGGCUGCCCGGAGGAUCUCAUCUCCUGCGCAGACUGUGGACGCUCAGGGCACCCCUCGUGCCUGCAGUUCACGGUGAACAUGACGGCUGCCGUGCGGACGUACCGGUGGCAGUGCAUCGAAUGCAAGAGCUGCAGCCUCUGCGGCACCUCGGAGAAUGAUGACCAGCUGCUAUUCUGCGAUGACUGUGACCGGGGCUAUCACAUGUACUGCCUGAGCCCCCCCAUGGCUGAGCCCCCUGAAGGAAGCUGGAGCUGCCACUUGUGCCUGCGGCAGUUGAAGGAGAAGGCGUCGGCCUACAUCACCCUGACCUAGGCGGGGGCCCUCUGGCCCCGGCCCCCACCCUCCAGCUUGUCACCCCUCUGCUUGGCUGGCCCCAAGACCUCAGCCGUGGCAGGAAGGGAGGGGGUGGGGCGGAGCUGCAGGAUGUGUGUUCUUCAGCCCCGGCCUUGGAACACGGCUCUUCUACCUGCCCAAUCAGGCUGGCUGGAACCCCUCUCCUGCCCCCCACCGCUGGGGUGGGGGGGAAGACCUUCUGUCCUGAACAUUUGAGGGGGGGCUUCCCUUCGCCCACCUGGAGCAAGUAGUGGGGGCCAAGCCCCGCCUUCGCCCGCUGCUGCCUGCCUUCCUGCCUGCCCCCCCCUGAGGAGGCAAAUCUCAACUCAAAGCCAUAAAGGGGAGUGGGCAGCUGCCUCUCUGCCCCUCUGCUGGGUGGGGAGGGGCGCUCCUCCUCUCUCCCCUAGACGGAUGCAUGUGAAGUUCCAUGUUUUCUUCUCCGCUCUGCUUCCCUCCGAGCAGCUGAGCGCCCGGCUCCUGCGAGGACAUCCCAUGCGCAGCCCUUCGCCCACACCUUCAGGGCCCCGGUUCUCUCCGGCCCGGGGCAGAGACGAAUGCACAAGGAGGGGGGCGGGGGGGGGGAGAGAGAGCUCUGCCCCAAAGGACGGGCAGCGGA